UUAAGGCCCUCAGGGGAACAGAACAAGAACAAAACACAGAACAAGGGAAGAUUUUUGAUUUGAGAUCCCCAAGGUCUAGGGAUAUCCCUUCAUUUGAUAGGUCCUGAAACAAACUAAAACCCUAGAAAUCUCCUCUUUCACCAAAAUUUUACAUUUUCAUCUGAAUGCAUUCCCAUUUUACCUCAUCUAUUCGUCGAACAACAAUUCUUGUCACAAAAUACACUCCAGCGACUAUCUCGCCGGAGUUUCAAUCCUCUCUUUCAAUGGCCAGAAUAGCAGCAUCCCACACCUUACCUCUAGCUUUCAGAUCAUCAUUAACUCCUAAUAAUCAAAAUUCUCUUCGUUUUCUUUCUCAUAGUACUUCCCUAUCAUCAUUAUCUUCUUCUUCUGUUUUUGGUGGAAGAAUACAAAUUUCUUAUGGAGAAAACAAGAACAGGAGAGGGAUUUUUGCAAAUCAAAGAGGGUUUAGUAGAAAAGUGAAACGGAGUAAACCCAAGAAGGAAAAAGAAUUGGAACUCAAUGUUAGUAUUGGUAUUGAAGAAGGGUUACCUGAAGAUCCUGAAGUUCUGAAUAUUGCGGAACUGCUACGUCUAAAUGUUCCUAUGGCAAUGAAACUAGCAUUUGAUGGACUCAAAGAUUCUCCGUAUAAAACUAGGGACACUUCCAUUGAUGAUGUUGGUGGGUACGAAAGUGUUGAGUUAUCAGUACUUCUGUGUAAUGAUGAUUUUAUUCGAGAGCUUAAUAAAGACUGGAGGGAUGAGGACCAUGCUACCGAUGUUCUCUCCAUGUCACAACAUAUGCCGGGGCUUAAGCUACCAAUGCUUAUGAUGGGUGAUGUAGUUAUUUCUGUUGAGACGGCUGCAAGACAAGCAGCAGAGAGAGGGCAUACUCUUCUUGAUGAGAUCCGUGUCCUUAUGGUUCAUGGACUCUUGCAUCUUUUGGGAUUUGAUCACGAGAUUAGUGAUGAAGCGGAAGAAGAGAUGGAAAAAGAGGAGGAACUUCUUUUGAGAAGUCUUGGAUGGAAGGGAAAAGGAUUAAUUCAGUGUGCCAUUGAUGCUGCAAGCGUUGAAAGUCCUCAAACAGAAUCUCCAGAUGGUGAAGUAUCAAGCGACAGGAAGAAAGAAGGCAGUCUUCGGUUUUAUAAACCAAAAUUCAACUAUAUAUUCUGUGACAUGGAUGGAACUUUGCUAAAUAGUAGAAGCCAGAUUAGUUCGACUACAGCAGGAGCUCUGAGAGAGGCUAUGUCCAUGGGAGUGAAGGUUGUGAUAGCCACUGGAAAGGCUCGUCCUGCUGCUAUGACUGCUUUGAAGGCAGUAGGUUUAGCAGGAAAAGGUGGCAUUCUUUCGGAAAGUACACCUGGGGUCUUCUUACAGGGGUUGCUAGUUUAUGGCACGCAGGGGAGGGAAAUUUUUAGAGGAAACUUAGAUACUAGUGUUUGUCGGGAGGCAUUUAUGUACUCGUUGGACCACAAAGUUCCUCUCAUUGCAUUUGCACAGGACAGGUGCUUCACACUGUUUGAACACCCGUCAAUAGACUCACUUCAUCUUGUAUACCAUGAGCCCAAGGCCGAAGUCAUGCCUUCUCUUGACAAUCUCUUAAACACUGCUGAUAUACAGAAACUGCUAUUUUUCGACUCUCCUGAGUCGAUAUCUACUACAUUGCGACCAUAUUGGUUUGAAGCAACAAAAGGGCGUGCUGGUGUUGUUCAAGCCAUGCCUGAUAUGCUUGAAAUUGUUCCCUCCGGAACUUCCAAAGGAAGUGGAGUAAAAAUGUUGCUGGAUCAAUUGGGCGUCACCCCAAAAGAGGUAAUGGCUAUUGGAGAUGGAGAAAACGACAUUGAGAUGCUUGAGCUGGCUUCUCUAGGUGUAGCUCUUAGUAACGGAGCAGAGAAGACAAAGGCUGUUGCAAAUGUUAUUGGCCUCAGUAAUGAUGAGGACGGUGUAGCUGAUGCCAUUUACCGGUACGCAUUCUGAUUAUCAGAUAAUGAAGAAAAGUAGAAUGAUUUUCGUCACACCCUUACUGCCAAUUUUUUUUAAUUAUACCUCAAUAUUGUGAUUCAUUCGAAUGAACAAAAAAAGAGCAGAAAUCUGCCUUAUUUUUUCACUGAGCAAUGCCGAUGCAGCUCCUUAACUGCUGGUUGUUGGCAACUGCUUCAUCAUAAUGAGAAAUGAAGUUUUGGUUAUUAUUGAUACCCAUUCAUACAGUCUCCUUGUACUAAUAAAGGCAGGACGGUGAUUAGAAUUACUUUUUUCUAGAAUCAUGUCCAUUCAAAUGCCCAUUUCUGCUUACCAAAUGGUAAUUAUAUUUUUUAAUCUA